AUGUUCUCCAACACUCUCCGCGCUACCUUGAUUGCUCUGGCCUCCUUGGCAGUCGCGGUGUCUGCAGAGCCUUCGUUGUCGCUCAAAGUCACUGGUCCGGAGAGUGUUCAGGACGUCGACAAUCUCAAGCUUGUUGCGACGAUUACCAACACGGGAGACGAGACUCUCAAGGUCCUCAACGAUCCUCGCGGCGCCCUCUCGCAGAUGGCCACCAACACCUUCACCAUCACGGAUGCGACAGGCGCCCGACCUUCCUUCACCGGUAUCAAAGUGAAAUACGUCCCUUCGACCGCUGCUACUGCUGGAGCUUUCACGAUUCUUGCCCCUGGCCAGUCCGUCGAAGUAGAGCACAACCUUGGAGCUGCCUACAAUUUCACCCUCCCCGGUGCCGGCGCCUAUGACAUUCACGCCUCAAACCUGUUCUACAUCGUCAACCCUGACUCCAGCAUUAGCACCGUCUACGCCGACAGCGCCUCCGCCCACUCCGCGAAAGUAUCUGGCAGGCUUGCCGUCGCCCGGCCCCGUCUGGGCAAGCGCGCGACUUACGUUGGUUGCUCCUCGACCCGGCAGACCGCCCUCGUCUCUGCCGCUUCCGCGGCCCAGAGCUAUGCCUCCGCAGCGCUCUCAUAUGCCAGCUCCCACACGUCCGCGACGACACGCUACACGACGUGGUUCGGCACGUACACGACGGCGCGCCAUGACACGAUCGUAUCGCACUUCAGCGCGAUCAGUGCCAACACGUUCUCGUCGUUCACGUAUGAUUGCACCUGCACGGAUUCGGGCACUUACGCCUAUGUCUACCCUAGCGACUUCGGACACAUCUACCUCUGCGGUGCUUUCUGGAACGCCCCAACCACUGGCACUGACUCCAAGGGCGGAACUAUCAUCCAUGAGUCCUCCCACUUCACCGCCAACGGCGGAACCGACGACCAUGCUUACGGCCAAUCAGCUUGCAAGUCGUUGGCGAUCAGCAACCCUGCCCAAGCUGUCGACAACGCCGACUCUCAUGAGUACUUCGCGGAGAACAACCCCGCUCUUGCUUGA